CGGGGCUGGGUGUGUCUUGGGAGCCCAGACCCAGAGGCCCCGAUCACUUUUGGGCUCUGGCUCUACCCGACUCCUCUUCCUGGCCUUCUGUGCCUUGUGGUCUCCUGUGCCCCAUGGACACCCUCUGGCACUACCAGUUCCGCAUCAUCCUCCUAGGAGACUCGACUGUGGGCAAAUCGUCCUUGCUGAGACGCUACACGGAGGGCAUCUUCAUGGAGGGCAUCAACCUGACAGUGGGUGUGGACUUCUCUGUGCACUUCAUGGAGGUCGAGCCUGGGGUCCAGGUGAAGCUCCAGUUCUGGGACACAGCAGGCCAGGAAAGGUUCCGGUCAGUGACUCGUUCCUACUAUCGGAACUCAGCCGGAGGCCUUCUGCUGUUUGAUAUCACCAACAGAACGUCCUUUGAGAGCAUCACCCGGUGGCAUCAGGAGGCUCUGGAGAAAGUGAAACCCUUCAACAUCCUCUUCCUGGUGGUAGGUCACAAGAGUGACCUGGAGGCUGAGCGACAGGUGACGCCAGAGGAAGGCGAGAAGCUGGCUGCCUCUCUGGGUGCUCGCUAUGUCGAGACCUCGGCCAAAAGCAACAGCAACAUCAGCACAGCCGUUGAGCUGCUCAUUCAAGAGCUCUAUGAGGCUGUGAAGAGGGGGGUCAUGGGGCCACACUCAGAGUGGGAGGGAGUGAAAAGCAGAGUCCAUCUCAUGCCAAGAUUCAAGCAGAGGAGCAAAGCAGGACAAGGUGGCUGUGCCUGUGCUGGCGACCCCCGGCUGAACAGCCACAUCCCCUGA